CUCUCCUCCUGUCACGCCUCCUCCACAUGACUCACACUUAUCCAUGACAAUCACUUUCUCAUAGACGGGACUAAUUAUUUAAGACUGGGAAAGAGAAAUAUCCAGAAAUAUCCUGUGACAGACACGAGACAGGGGCCGUGAAGUGAACAUCACACAUUUCCGGGCUCUCUGUCCAAUGAAAAUGUUUCAGACCGUCCCCGACACGUCGUCUUACGUCAAGGUAAGACAGCAUCGUCACUACGAGCAGGAGGCGCUGUCAGUAGUGAGUGAAGACCAGUCUCUGUUUGAGCCUCCGUACGCUGCUGCUGCUCCCUUACCCAAGACAGACAUGACUGCGUCCGGCGCACAGGACUACGGUCAGCCUCACAAGAUCAACCCUAUCGCCCCUCAGCAGGAGUGGAUCAGCCAGCCCGGCCGGGUUCACGUCAAGCGAGAGUAUGACCACAUCAAUGGAUCCAGCAGAGAGUCCCCGGUGGACUGCAGUGUGGGUAAAUGCAAUAAAAUGGUGGGUGGGACCGACGCAUCUCAAAUGAGCUAUACUGGCUACAUGGAUGAGAAGUGUGCUCCGCCCCCAAACAUGACAACCAAUGAGAGGAGAGUCAUCGUCCCAGCAGACCCUUCUCUCUGGUCUCCAGACCAUGUGCGGCAAUGGUUAGAUUGGGCCAUUAAAGAGUAUGGUCUUCAGGAGAUCGACACAGCCAUGUUCCACAACACAGAUGGAAAAGAACUUUGCAAGAUGAGCAAAGAGGACUUCCUGAGACUAACCAGCGGCUAUAACACGGAGGUCCUGCUCUCACAUCUCAAUUACCUCAGGGAAAGCAGCUCAUCAAUAUCAUACAACACACCAUCUCAUACCGACCAGUCUCCUCGCUUGGCUGCCAAAGACGAUGCGUCUUAUGAUGCUGUACGGAGGACAGGCUGGUCAAACAACAUGCACAGCGGCAAAGGCUCUCCUACAGUGGUGUCUCAGAACGUGUCCAAGAACACUGAACAGGCUCGGCCUCAGCCCGAUCCUUACCAAAUAUUAGGACCCACUAGCAGUCGACUUGCCAACCCAGGUUCAGGUCAGAUCCAGCUGUGGCAGUUCCUGCUCGAGCUCCUCUCCGACAGCGCCAACGCCGGCUGCAUCACCUGGGAAGGGACCAACGGAGAGUUCAAGAUGACGGACCCUGACGAAGUAGCGCGUCGCUGGGGUGAGCGCAAGAGCAAGCCCAACAUGAACUAUGACAAACUGAGCCGCGCCCUGCGCUACUACUACGACAAAAACAUCAUGACCAAAGUGCACGGCAAGCGUUACGCCUACAAGUUUGAUUUCCACGGCAUCGCUCAAGCCCUGCAGCCCCAUCCCACUGAGGCCACCAUGUACAAAUACCCAACCGACCUGCCCUAUGUGCAAAGCUACCACGCUCACCAGCAGAAGGUCAACUUCGUUUCACCCCAUCCUCCCACCAUGCCCGUCACAUCCUCCAAUUUCUUCGGGCAUGCCACCCCGUACUGGAGCUCUCCAGCAGGAGGGAUUUAUCCCAAUCCCAGCGUGCCGCGUCACCCCAAUUCACACGUGCCUCCCCACCUAGGCAGUUACUACUAAAACCUUCACCUUUCACCCCGCUGCCCAUACGCCAAAACUUGAACUGCACUCGAAGCAAAGACAAAAAAGCAAGCUGGACCUGGAGGGAUUGUGGCCAGAAAGUUAGCAGAAGGAAGCGACGUUGAAAGAAACUGGAAAAGGAAGAGAAAGUAGAGCAAAACGGACCAAAAAAUGUCUGAUCCUCUUUAAAAAUGGAGUACUACUUAUUGGAGGACAUUGGGUUGUUGUUUGUUUUGGAGAGCGUGUGCAUGUUUCUUGUGCCUUUCUACAUCCGAAAGCUGCACCGAUGGGCCAGAGUCCCUUCUAGCCAAUAAAGACCACCUCGAUUAUGUAGAAGUCGGCAAACGACCGAGAAAAGAAUCACUGUAAACUCACCAUGUGUGUUUAAUGCAAUUGUGAACCCAGUGUUUAUGUUUUUGGACCUACUCCCCGCUUCCUUUUGGAUUUUAUCAAAACCCGACUCAGUAACACGAGUUUAUCUUCUCAAGUCAUGACUGAAGCUCUCUUUUCUAAAGCAAAUCUGGCAACUGGAAAAAAUGUUGGCAUUCAAGUGCCGUUUCUCCUCCUCGCUGGAGGACGUGGCGUCUGAUUGUUUAUUAGGAGCUUCUCAGGCUAGCUGGCUCAAGCUAAACUCUCUCCCUCAUCUUUAGCACUCCUCUAUGCUGAUGGCGUUGAUGUGAAUGGAUUGAAGCCUGCUUUACGUUUCUGACGCAUGGUGUCCCGUUUCAUUGGCCAUUGAAAAUCACUCGAUUUCAUCUCAAAACAGCCAAAGAGUUGAGUUCACAUGAGAUUUGCAUCUUGGAUGGACUGAAUGAUUGUGGGCAUCACGCGAAGUACCUCUUUGAAAGAAAAAGACAGUUGAAACAGCAGCACGGGACGUUGAAACCAGAGAUUCGCGAACGCUGUGCGUUUGUCAGACCUAUUUGCUAGUAUUCGUUUUUUUUUUUUUGAUCAAAGGUCAACUAGGCAUUAAAAGCAUCUUACUGUAUAAGUUAUGCAGAGCUAUUUUCAUAUGUGACAGUGUUAAGAAUCAUACGUUAAUACGAGUUGACCUCGGUCAAAAUGCAAACUUUUUUAUCAGUUACUGAAAGUAGUUUGAACUACGUAGGUGUUUUGUAUCUGUACAUAUAGGCAAUAAGUUUAUGAAUGUGUUCUUGUAUUUUUCAGAAAAUGCUUUUUCUAAAGCUCUUGGUGCAUAGCCAUGACAAUGAGAAGGUUAUUUUGAUACGUAGCUGAUAUUUUCAUUCCAUAAAAGCAAAUGCCUUACCAAACGUGCUUAGAGACAAUCUGUUCUACAUAAUUAAUGUUUCCAAAGUGCCAUAACAAUACCUUAAAGCCAAAUCUUGUUACUGUGCAU